AUGUCGCGGAUAGAAGAACUUCCAGAUGACUUCGACGAGCGUGUCAAUCUCAAUGAUGCGCCUAAAGAUGUACCCUCAAUCGAGGAGUUGUACGAUCAGCACAUCUCGGCCUCUGGUCCGUCACAAAACCAGAUGUCUUCCAAAAGCUUCGAGGAGAUCGUGCAGGACAUGAGCAAAACCCCGCUCUUCAUGAACAGUCUUGACGAAGCGACUAGCGACGAUGGGGAGAAUAUUAUGCUUGACGCCAUCAAAGCCCUGCAGCACGAGGGAACGAAGGCGGAAGUGGCACAGGGAUUUAAAGAACGCGGGAAUGAAAUGGUCGCAGAGAAGAAAUGGAAAGACGCCAAAGAAUUUUACACCAAAGGGAUUGCAGUCCUAGCGGACAAGGACGAGGAUAAGUGGGACAAGGCUGAGGAUCAGGCCGCGGAGGAGAAGCUGCGAGUCCUGCUCAGCGAACAAUUAUACGCCAACCGAGCUCGUUGCAAUCUGGAGCUGAAAAACUAUCGGUCGACCACCCUGGACAGUGCAGCUGCACUGCGUAUCAACCCUUCGAACAUCAAAGCGCAUUACAGGUCGGCCUCCGCCCUGCUCGCCCUUGACAAAGUUCUCGAAGCGCUAGAUGUCGCAUCCCGCGGGUUCAAACUCGAUCCUGACAAUACAGCCUUGAAGAAGUUGCUGGAGCAGAUAAGAAGCAGAAUGAAAGUCAAAGAGGCAGAAGACCGCCGCCGCUUGGCAGAGUUGAGAAGGAAACAGCAAGAGAAGGAGGUGUUGGAGGCGGCCUUGAAGGCGAAGAAGAUUAUCGUCCGUGGGUCUAAACAGCCUCCAAACUUGGAAGACGCGACCAUUCGACUGUCACCAGAUCCUCUAUCGCCCACCAGUCUGCUGGAAUUCCCGGUGAUGUUACUCUAUCCGAUGCAUAACCAGACCGACCUGAUCAAAGCCUGGGCCGAGAAAGAUGCCAUCACCCAUCACCUGAGCUACAUUCUGCCCUUGCCGUGGGAUAGCAAGAACGAAUACAAACAGUCGACAGUAGACUGCUACAUGGAUACCAUCAGCGGUGGGCUGAUGAAGGUUGGCAAGAAGUUGACUUUGCUGGAGGCGCUCUCCAACGGGAAGACGGAAGUGGUGGACGGGCUGGUCAGGAUUUACGUGGUGCCUGUGUCAUUGGCACCUCAAUGGAUAGAAGAGAUGAAGAAGAAAAGGGGCAAAUAG